AUGUCCAGAUCCGGGGACAGGACCUCCACCUUCGACCCCAGCCACAGCGACAACCUGCUGCACGGCCUCAACCUGCUGUGGAGGAAGCAGCUCUUCUGCGACGUGACCCUGACGGCCCAGGGCCAGCAGUUCCACUGCCACAAGGCCGUGCUGGCCUCCUGCUCCCAGUACUUCCGAUCCCUGUUCUCCAGCGGCGGCGGGAGCGGCGGGCACCCCCACGCCUUGGGGCUGGGGCCCGGCUCCCAGGACGGGCUGGGAGGUCCGCCGAAGGAGCCGCCGCCGCCGCAGACGCAGGAGGAGCCCGGCACCCCAUCCUCCUCCCCGGAGGACAAGCUGCUGGCCAGCCCGCGGGCCAUCAACAACCUGGUGCUGCAGGGCUGCUCGUCCAUCGGGCUGCGGCUGGUGCUGGAGUACCUGUACACGGCCAACGUGACCCUCUCGCUGGACACGGUGGAGGAGGUGCUGUCGGUCAGCAAGAUCCUGCACAUCCCGCAGGUCACCAAGCUGUGCGUGCAGUUCCUCAACGACCAGAUCUCGGUGCAGAACUACAAGCAGGUGUGCAAGAUUGCCGCCCUGCACGGCCUGGAGGAGACCAAGAAGCUGGCCAACAAGUACCUGGUGGAGGACGUGCUGCUGCUCAACUUCGAGGAGAUGCGCGCCCUCCUCGACUCGCUGCCCCCCCCAGUCGAGUCGGAGCUGGCGCUCUUCCAGAUGUCCGUGCUCUGGCUGGAGCACGACAGAGAGACCCGCAUGCAGUACGCCCCGGACCUGAUGAAGCGCCUCCGCUUCGCCCUCAUCCCGGCGCCGGAGCUAGUGGAGCGGGUGCAGUCGGUGGAUUUCAUGCGCACCGACCCCGUCUGCCAGAAGCUGCUGCUGGACGCCAUGAACUACCACCUGAUGCCCUUCAGGCAGCACUGCCGGCAGAGCCUGGCCAGCAGAAUUCGUUCCAAUAAGAAAAUGCUGUUAUUGGUUGGAGGAUUGCCUCCCGGACCUGACCGGCUACCCAGCAAUUUGGUUCAGUAUUAUGAUGAUGAAAAGAAGACGUGGAAAAUACUGACAAUUAUGCCAUACAACAGUGCCCAUCACUGCGUCGUGGAAGUGGAAAACUUCUUGUUCGUGCUGGGAGGAGAAGACCAGUGGAACCCUAACGGGAAACACAGUACAAACUUUGUUAGCCGAUACGAUCCCAGGUUUAACAGCUGGAUACAACUUCCACCCAUGCAAGAGAGGAGAGCCAGUUUCUACGCCUGCCGCCUUGACAAGAACUUGUAUGUCAUCGGUGGAAGAAACGAAACUGGCUACUUGUCCAGCGUUGAGUGCUACAACCUGGAGACAAACGAGUGGCGCUACGUGUCUUCGCUACCACAGCCGCUGGCAGCCCAUGCAGGAGCCGUUCACAAUGGCAAGAUCUAUAUUUCAGGAGGUGUUCACAAUGGAGAAUAUGUCCCCUGGCUGUACUGCUAUGACCCUGUGAUGGACGUCUGGGCCCGAAAACAGGACAUGAACACAAAGCGAGCAAUCCACACUCUGGCUGUAAUGAAUGAUCGACUGUAUGCAAUUGGAGGGAACCAUUUGAAAGGUUUCUCCCAUCUCGACGUAAUGCUUGUGGAGUGCUACGAUCCAAAAGGUGACCAGUGGAAUAUCCUCCAGACUCCAAUUCUGGAGGGUCGCAGUGGCCCUGGCUGUGCAGUCCUUGAUGACAGUAUUUACCUUGUAGGAGGCUACAGCUGGAGUAUGGGAGCCUACAAAUCUUCUACUAUUUGCUACAGUCCUGAGAAAGGGACUUGGACAGAGCUGGAAGGUGACGUUGCGGAGCCCCUAGCAGGACCUGCAUGUUCGACUGUGGUAUUGCCGGCCUGCGUCCCGUACAACAAGUGAUGGGCCAGGAGCACUGACACGAACACUGAGUGCAUUUGGGAAAAUAAUGACGGGUGACGUAAAUAUUUUAUUAGAACAGAAUUCCUGUUAAAACAAAGCCACCAUAAUUGACCCCUCAUUCCAUGUUUAUGCUUUAGGAGCAAACUAAAAGAAAAGAAAAACCAAGUGUU